AUGACGAACACAUCAUUUUUCGACUGCCCCCAGGAGGUACAGCUCCAGAUCGCCGGAUUCGCUUGCCAAAGUGAUCAGGCUAGGCUCUCGCUAACCUCUCGUGCCCUACACAACCUCACCGAGCCUCUGAUUUACUCCUCCUCUGUCAAAUUUGAAUGGGCGAGGGAGCUUCACCCGCCUAUCACUCAAUUAAUGCACCUACUCCGAACACUGCUAGAAAGACAGGACUUGUGCCCUUUGAUACGCCAUGCCGACUUUGAAGGCUUUGGCUACAUCGAUGAACUAGGCUCGUAUCGCUCGGAUUGGACAGAGGAGACUCCCGAUCCGCCACCUGUCAUCCCAGAGAUUCCCACCCACCAACUCUCCGCGGCCAUAGGGAAAACAGGUGUUUCCGAGGCUUUCGCCGAGCAGUGGUAUAAAAAGGUCCAAUCUGGUUCACCUGAAGCGUCGGCCGCCCUUCUCGUUUCUCUACUACCGAACCUGGAACGACUUUGUUUUUCCGCCAAUUGGACCAACGACACGCGUUUCCUUGGACAUAUGUUGCGAGCUGCACUUUGUGAAAAGCCUGAGCCUGCAUCAGAAGCAGGCUUGCCUUCUUUUACUUCGUUGAAGCACGUAUCGCUUGCGGAAGCUAUCGACGACAAACAUCACCUCGAUCCAAGUAAUACAGCAGAUGCCCUGGCGUUGUUCUAUCUGCCCAAUAUAGAGACUCUAUCAGUAUCGAUCGACAACCCGACCAACUUCACUUGGCCUUCGUCUUCACCACCAAAGCCAACGUCGCUAGAAUCCCUUGAGAUCUUUCGGCUACGAGAAAGUCGCCUGGCACCAGUUUUGUCAGCAGCAAUGAAUCUGAAGAAACUAAAGUACAACUGGACGUACCGUCCUGACCUCGACAGUGAGGUCAAUAAGGAAGCUGUGAUGCUGCGCGUAUUAUCUGAAGCCCUCCUUGAGACCAAAGACUCGCUUGAGGAUCUUGAAAUCAACGCAAAGAGCGUCCCUGCAUACUCGUGCGGGGAGUACGAGCCACCAGAUGUCACGUUCCAUGGGUCAAUUUCUCGACUACGUGAGAUGCAGAAGCUAAAGACACUUUAUAUACCUUGGACAUUUCUCACUGGAAGGAAAGGUCUUUCUACCGGCCCUGGUCUCAUCGGGGCUGCAGUUCCGCUAAACGUUGAACACUUAGCAUUGGACGGUUUCGUCACGUGGUCUGAGGAUGAUGAAUGUGUAGAGGAUACUGAUGAAAUGAUGGUUGAUGGCUUCGCAAAGGAACUCGAGAGCGGCGCUUUGUUGCAUCUGAAGUCACUGAAGAGCGUUUGCUUGCCGAACUCCCUGUUUAUUACUGGGUUGUCAGAGAUCUUGGAGAACAGGAUGAGAGCCCUUGGGGAUCGAUUUGGAUUGGCGUUGAGCUGUUAUACGUGA